AUGGAAUCGUACUCUGUUCCUGCCGAGAGCCUGAAAUUGCUUCAUGAAGGCAUUAUACAGAACCCGUUGCACGCUUUCUUGCCCACAGAAAUCAAAGAGGCUUCAAAAUACAUCGAAUUCAUUGGUACAGAUGAUCCCAGCAUUCCGAUCAACUGGCGUUUUGCAGAAAGCAUUUCUUCUAUCAAGGGAUUCCAGGCUUCAAUGCUGAAUGUCCUCUUGAAGAAAAAAUAUGGAGUUGACUAUCAAAGGGUUGUCAUUAACACAGACCAUGCACAACUGUUCAUCAUGUCCCAGUUUUUGCCUGUCAUUGACCCUUUGGGAGAAAAGAUAAGCCCUCGAGAUCUUGAGUACAGGAAGUAUUUCCCGGAUGGCGACAUUUACAAAGGCAUGGAUGGGACUCCUUUGAUAGCGGCAGCAACCAAUAUAUACAAAACCAAGGACGGGCGCUUCUAUCACGUCCAUACUAGUAUGAACGCCGGCCCCGUUGAAAGGGCAUUGAAAGUCUUCCCCGAAGAAGAAAAAGUGACCGACUUCGCUGGAGGCUGCGCGGUGUACCAGGAGAAAGUAUCCAAAUUGACGGCCGAAGAACUUGACACUCUCAUGAACGACAAAUAUCGACAAGCAGGCACGAUCUGCUGGUCCACCGAGGAGUAUUUAAACUCUGAGCACGGAAAGGCGAACGCGCAUGUGGGGUUGUACGAGUUGCAUCAUAUCCCAAAUCCCAAACAAGCGCCCGGGUGGUGGACACCCGUUGAUGGCCGCACCUAUCCAUCGCGCCCCCUGUAUGGGUUGAAAGUUCUCGAACUCGCGCGCAUAAUUGCUGCUCCCACUGUCACGCGUGAUUUGGCUGAGUUAGGUGCCAGUGUCAUGCGUAUUACUUCUCCAGACGUCUCCGACUUGACAGUCCUGCUAUGCGACCUUGCUUGGGGCAAAUGGAAUGCGCAUCUUGACCUUACGAAGCCAGAAGAUCGUUCCAGAUUGAAAGCGCUUAUUGAGGAAAGCGAUGUAAUCGUUGACGGUUACCGACCUGGAGCCAUGGAAAAAUGGGGAUUUGGCAAAAAUGAUAUUUUGGAGCUCUUCAAAGGGAAGGAAAGAGGCAUUAUCUACCUCCGCGAGAAUUGUUAUGGGUGGAAUGGUCCUUGGGCUUAUCGUUCUGGUUGGCAACAAAUCAGCGAUGCGUGUUGUGGCGUAUCUUUGGAAUAUGGAAGGGCAAUGGGUAACGAUGAGCCAGUGACGCCUGGGUUCCCUAACUCCGAUUGCAGUACUGGAGUAAGCGGAGCUACUGCAGUGCUUCAAGCACUGAUAGAGAAGUCAGAGAAGGGUGGCUCGUUCGUCAUUGAUGCUGCAUUGAACUACUAUUCUCAGUGGCUCGUCAACUCUUGCUCUACUUAUCCCUCUGAGGUUUGGAAAAAAACAUGGGCAAGUUACGGAAACCCCGUAUUUCGCAAUACCGACAACAUGGUCAUAGUAACUCUUCCAUCAUACUUGCGCAUGCUACAGGAGCACAAAGCCGCUGUUAUGAAUCCCGACUUCUUUGAGACUCGCGAAAACCGAGCUCUUGGAGUUCCUGUGAAAACAGUCAAGCCUAUUCUUACGUUUCCAGAGGGCAUGGUCAAACCUGGAUAUAAUAUUGGCUCAAGGGGAAAUGGAGUCGACCAGCCAAUUUGGCCGGAGGAUUUGGCUGAAGAAGUUGUUGGGCGCUACUGA